CUUUUGGCCAGUGGAGGUGCUAUUGGACGAAUGGAGCUAUCUGAAAAACACUGACAUACAGAAGAAGUAGCUCGUUAAGUUUUUAAAUACCGUCUUUUGCUAGUAUUAAUGCUUAUCUUUAUAUGCGCAUUUUUGUUUUAGAACUUAUGUGUUUAUGUUUUAAACACUUUAGUGGAGGUUAAUUUAAAUUGCUCAUUUAUUGGGCGUUUAGCAUCGGGCUAACCUGCUAGCUUUGUCUGCUUCGGUUAGUUCUUCUUCUGCUGCUGAUAUUUUGGGGUAAUUUCCUCUUCCAUCCUCCGAGGGCUUCAUGUUGAAGCACCUGUCCGCUGCCUGCGCUUUGCUCCCCCGCUGUCUCCUCGCUUCCUCUCCGCGUACCUUUAGCAGAGCCAGCCGCCUUCUCGGUCGGAUGGAGGCGGCCGUGGUGCGGUGCCUUCCCGGGGAGCCGAAGCUCACUAUCUCCUUCCUCCUGGAGGACAGUCAAAAACACAUGCUGCGGGACCAGAACGAGGCGCUGGGGAAGGUCCUGACUCGGAUCUCCAACUCAAUCGCCAAGAACCAAACAAAGGCGAAAAAGUCAAAGAAGAAGAGGGAUCAGCAGCCAAGCGAGGCUGCGGAAACCGCCGUGGUGAAGCUGUUCUUCAGGGGGGACGAGGUUCCCGACACGCUGCCAAACUGCGAGGCUUGGCAGGACGGAGCGGUGCUGCAGGUGGGAGAAGUUAAAUACAAUGUUCAGAGGAACGCUCCCACUUUCACCACAGCUGAGCUCCCAGUGUCCCUCAUGGCAGGCUUUCCAGUCUGCCCCAAGCUGCAGGUGGAGUUUGGGAACCUCCAGGACUGCGAGUUUGUGUGGUUCAAAGAAGCAAAUUCAAGUCCUAAAGACUCUCCGGCUCCAGAAGGCGGAUGGACGCAGGUCGGAUGCGAGCGAGUCCUCGUCCCGUCCAAUCAGGACAUCGGCUGCAGGCUCAAGCUGCGCUGCACUCCCAAAGAUGGCAGCCGCACCGGCCAGGCCAAAGAACUGGUCUCUGUGGCAACUGUGGAGGCAGGGCCGGGCGUGUGCACGUUUGACAACCGCCACGCGUACACGUUGAGGGCCGCGGCGUGGCCCGCGCUCAGGGUGGUGUCCUACAACAUCCUGGCCGACAUCUACGCCCAAACGGAUCUGUCCAAGACGGUGCUGUACCCCUACUGCGCCCCCUACGCCCUGCAGCUGGACUACCGGCAGAACCUGGUCAAGAAGGAGCUGGCGGGCUACAACGCUGACAUCAUCUGCCUGCAGGAAGUGGAUAAAGGCGUGUUUGUGGACAGUCUGACUCCGGCGCUGGAUGCUUUCGGUCUGGACGGCGUUUUCAGGCUCAAAGAGAAGCAGCAUGAAGGACUGGCUACGUUCUACCGCAGGUCAAAGUUUCGCCUGCUCAGCAGUCAUGACAUCAUGCUGAGCGAGGCCCUGACCUCUGACCCCUUACACUCUGAGCUGCUGGAGAAGCUUUCUGCGAACAGCGACCUGAAGGACAGGAUCCUGAAGAGGUCCACAUCACUGCAGGUCUCUGUGCUCGAAGACCUGGCUAACCCAGAGAGGAAGGUGUGUGUGGCCAACACUCACCUGUACUGGCAUCCAAAAGGCGGAAAUGUUCGCCUGGUCCAGAUGGGCGUAGCUCUGCAGCACCUGAGCCAGGUGAUUGCUGACGUUGCACCUGGAGCACCACUGGUCUUCUGUGGUGACCUCAACUCCACUCCAGACUCAGGUGUGGUCCAGCUGCUCAGCGAGGCGGCGGUUCCUCCGCAGCACGCGGAUUGGAGCAGCUCGGGUCCAGAGGAGUCCUGCUGCAUGGCGCUGAGCUCCACCUUCCCGCCGCUGCAGAGCGCCUGCGGGCAGCCGGCCUACACCAACUACGUGGGAGGAUUCCAUGGCUGCCUGGACUACAUCUUCAUCCAGCCGCAGAGCAUGCAGGUGGAGCAAGUGAUUCCUCUGCCCAGCCACCAGGAGGUCACCACCCACAAGGCUCUGCCCAGCGUGGCUCACCCCUCCGACCACAUCGCGCUGGUUUGCGACCUCCUAUGGAACUCGUGACCUCUGACCUUUUCAUUAAGAUGCUUUAACUUCCUCCUGCAGAUGAACACGACGCUGCCUUUGAGAGACGUUGCUUCCCCAGAGAUCUGUUGGACUCAUGAAGAUGUGGUUCAGUUCAUUUUGCAGUUAUUUAAUUGUCAGCACUGAUAUUCAGCGCUCAGUUUUAAUUAAAAGCACUAGGAAGAUUAUUUUACUUCGCAGCAGUUCCAACAGACUGAGUUACUGUUAUCACUUCUGGACAGAAUUAAAAGGAAACAUUAAGAUAUUGUUUAUCAUGAGAUUAUUAUUAUUUUUAUUAUUAUUAUUAAUGAUGCCUAAUGCUGUUGCUCUGUGAAGUUCAGAUUAGGGCUGGGCGAUAAGUCAAUGUUAUCAAUUAAUCAGAUUUUGAAGUUAAAAUUUUGGGAAAAUCUGGAUUUUUUUCUUACCAAUGCGAUCUUUGGGUUUCCUUAGUUCAGAGUGAUGGCGGCCAUAUUGCAUGUUUUACAGCUCUAUUACAAAGUAUUACAGUCAAGAUAUGAUUUUUUAUUUUUAAUUAUGAAAAUAGUUUUACAAGCAUGCAGUCGUACAACAAUAGUCAGUAUAAUGCAAAAAUAAGGUAGUAAUUUUAUGACAACUCCA